AUCUCAUGCGUAAGACAAACACGACUUCAUGUUUAAUUAAUAGCCAAUUUACAUCUUCUUCAUAAAUUAUCAAAUAUAAAACCUUUAUCUCUUUCACGUUCUUGUUCGGACGUCAACAACUUCCAUCGACUCAGCUGAAAAAACGUUGUCCUUGGUACUCAUUCAUUUUCUGCAGUUUUUGUUUUCUCUUUCAACUUCCUGUAAUCUCUCACGGUACUUUUCACAAACAUUAUCACUACUCUCAUCUAUCACUACUUUCAUCUUUUAGUUUUUCUCGCUUGUCGUCUUCUUUUCCAUCUCUUUCUGUGCAUAUAUGAAAAGGGAAGCAUAGACAAAGCUAUAUUAGGAGCUCAGAUGAACCCAGUUUCCAUAGUUUCAGUUUCUGCUUCUGCUUGGGUCAAUCAAAUGGCCACCACCAUUUUCUUAACGCCCAACUCCAUUCUGAGAAACUCUUUUGAUUGUGGGCAUGCCCUCCAAUUCCUCUGUUCUAACCAUAAAUUCAGAAGCAGACAAAUCUUUCUUAGAAAAUGCUAUGGAAGCCGAGGGGGGUUUUCUCUCAAUCGUGGAUUUCGUCUGUUUUGCCAAUCAAAGACAGAGGAAAUGCAGAUACGAAGAUAUUCCCCAUUUCUAGAAAGUGUGUUACUAGAUGCUAAUGAUGCUUCGGUAUCUGAUGAGUGGAGAGCAGUUCCUGACAUUUGGAGAUCUUCAGCUGAGAAAUAUGGUGACCGUGUCGCAUUGGUGGAUCCAUACCAUGACCCACCUUCAAAUUUAACUUAUAAAGAGCUUGAGCAGGAAAUUUUGGAUUUUUCUGAAGGGCUGAGAGUUGUUGGAGUAAAGCCAGAAGAAAAAAUUGCACUUUUUGCUGAUAAUUCAUGCCGUUGGCUUGUUGCGGAUCAGGGUAUAAUGGCAACUGGAGCAAUCAAUGUGGCAAGAGGUUCGAGAUCAUCUGUUGAAGAGUUAUCACAAAUAUACAAUCAUUCUGAUAGUGUUGCACUUGCUGUGGACAGUCCUGAAUUGUUAAAUCGAUUUUCAGAAGAAUUCUAUUCCAAGCCUAUUAAAUUUAUUGUUCUGUUAUGGGGUGAGAAGUCAAGCCUGGUCAGUGAAGGAAAGGUUCCUAUUUUUAACUACAAGGAGAUUCUAGAUUUGGGACGAGAUAGUCGUAAGAUUAUGCUUGAUUCUGAUGAUAAACAGCAGUACUGUCUGCAUGAACCUAUCAAACCAGAUGAUGUUGCUGCAUUAGUAUAUACAAGUGGAACAAGUGGCAACCCAAAAGGAGUCAUCCUCACCCAUCGAAAUCUGAUGCAUCAGAUAAAGAACCUCUCAGACAUUGUACCUGCUGUAGGUGGAGACAAAUUUCUUAGCAUGCUCCCACCUUGGCAUUGCUAUGAACGAGCUUGUGAGUACUUUGCUUUUACGUGUGGCAUUGAGCAGUUUUACACAAAUGUGAGGAAAUUGAAGGAUGAUUUGCGGCAAUAUCAACCAAACUAUGUAAUUUCGGUUCCUUUAGUGUAUGAGACACUUUACAGUGGGAUUCAGAAACAAAUUUCUUCUAGCUCUACAGUUCUUAAGUUUGUUGCACUUACAUUCAUAAGGAUCAGUUUGGCAUACAUGGAAUUUAAGAGGAUCUAUGAGGGGACAUGUUUGACGAGGAACCAGAAGCAACCACCAUAUCUUGUUUCAAUAUCAGAUUGGUUAUGGGCAAGAGUUAUUGCUGCAUUACUAUGGCCUUUGCAUGUGUUGGGAAAGAAACUAGUUUAUAGAAAUAUUCACUCUGCUCUGGGAAUAUCAAAGGCUGGCAUCAGUGGAGGAGGUUGUCUGCCUUCACAUGUUGAUAAAUUUUUUGAGGCAAUUGACGUGAAACUGCUGAAUGGAUAUGGCUUAACAGAGACUUCUCCUGUUGUUGCUGCUCGACGACCAAACUGUAAUGUUGUUGGUUCAGUUGGGCAUCCAAUUCGACAUAUAGAGUUCAAAGUUGUAGAUUCUGAAACUAGUGAAGUUCUCCCCCCUGGUUUAAGUGGCAUUUUAAAAGUUAGGGGGCCACCAGUGAUGAAAGGAUACUACAAGAAUCCAGGAGCUACAAAGCACGUUCUGGAUGAUGAUGGUUGGCUAAACACUGGAGACAUAGGCUGGAUUGCUCCUCACCAUUCAACAGGGCGAAGUCGUCGUUGUGGAGGUGUGGUUGUCCUUGAAGGACGUGCCAAGGACACUAUAGUUCUUUCAACAGGGGAAAAUAUUGAACCGGCAGAGCUUGAGGAAGCUGCCUUGAGAAGUAGUUUAAUUCAACAAAUUGUUGUCAUUGGCCAGGAUCAACGACGCCUUGGGGCAAUAAUUGUUCCAAACAAAGAAGAGGCUUUGAUUGCAGCCAAAAAGCUGUCUCUUGUAGAUAUUGAUGCCUCUGACCUAAGUAACGACAGAAUGACAAACUUGUUAUACGAAGAAUUGAGAAAAUGGACUUCAGGGCGUUCAUUUCAAAUUGGACCAAUCUUAAUUGCGGAAGAACCCUUUACGAUUGACAGUGGCCUAAUGACUCCAACCAUGAAAAUUCGAAGGGAUAGAAUCGUGGCUCAAUACAAGGACCAAAUAGACAAUCUGUUCAAGUGAAAUAGCAAAAUUGUAUCUAUUUUUUCAUGCUAGUAUGCAUGGAUCACAUUUAUCAUAGUGAAUUCUUCAUGAAAA